AAAGUUAAGGCAUAUAACAUUCGGUUCGUUUUUACGAUUUAUUGACUAUUCGAACAAGUAAAGUUAAAUUAUUGGAACUCUUAGUUGGGCGAACUGAUUAACUCAACUAGAAGAUCUGUGUUGUGCUAGAAACCGGAAGAAUCAAGAGGAUAUUGGUUGUUCCUGUGCAGUCCGAGCCAAUGGAAAGGAUCUUCAUUCUAUUGCUGUUCGUCACCGCCGGAGACGCAACAGUCAAUAUAAAAGAUGUUACCUAUAACUUGGGAAUACUUCCCAUAAAUCUUGGAUAUGCCAAGCUGCAGAAAUCCAGUCAUACCUUUGUUCAUUUUUAUAAUUUAAGUCCACUACUCGUAGAAUAUAAUAAGUUAAGUAUACAAUAUAAUCACAUUAAAUAUAAUAUGUCUAAUAAUACAUUUUUUCAUUCUGAAACAGAAAAUAUUGUAAUUAUAAUGGAGUACACUAGGAAUAGUAUAGAAGAAAAAUUUGAUAACUGUUUGAUUUUGUUUUAAUUUUAGUUUAAUUUUUAUUUAGAAAUUCAUUCUACUCUACGCCUCUGGCAGUCUCUCUUUCUUCGUUACUUGUCGUUUUUAUGUAGCGACACGAGAACGAGUAUGUGUAUUAUAUAGACCGAAGUAAGAACGUUUUUGGUUCUAAUAAAAGAAGCUUUGCUUCCAGAAAAUAAAUGGGACUUUGUUUCAUUUAAAAUAAAUAGAAAAUUUAAAUACAAAAUAAAAUUAUACAGUCCACAUCAUUCAAUACAACAUUUUGGUCCUUCGAGCCGGAUGUUUAACAAAUUAUAAAUAAAUAAAAUUGUAUUGUGCACAAGAAGAUCCGUUCAAAUUACCGCAACAGGAAGAAGAAACCUGUAAGUCCUUUCCAUUUUAUUAUUUAUUCCUCCUCAUAGUGUCGUCGAUUUCUGAUGGAAGAGUUUUUUUAUUAUUGCUUUGCAGUAAAUAAUAUAUAGUUCAAUACAAUUGCAACAUAAAAUAUUUCAGGUUAACGUUAAACAAAACUAUAGGUAUUACCUUGUCGGUAAGGCACACUUAUUUGACGUAAAUUUAAAGACAGGUAAAAAUUGGUUUCAAUAUAGGAAUAUAGUAUUGUUCUUUACUUUAUUAUAAAAAAAUUGCCUUGUUUUCUUGCUCAAAUAUUAUCAUUCAAUAUUAAGGUAUCGAGAUGAAUUCACAAGUAAUUAGCAAUUAAUAUAAAUAUCGAUUAAUACACAACAAAUUAUCUUGAAUUAUUCAUGUUGUAUCUUUAGAAAGGUAUUUGCAAUAUUUGCAUCCUAGAUCCUAGUAAGAAAGUAAUAUACUCCGUUUUUUUCAUUAGCCAAGUAGACAUAACAUUCGGACGUCGCCAGCGGAGCGGCUAAGUACAAAAGGGUCGCAGUUUUUCUGUAAAGUUAUUACUAGUAAACAAAUCAAAACUCAUUCCAUAGGCGCGCGAUAAAAAUAAAAUAAAAUGGCAGAGUCGGAAAAAAUGAAGAAUUUAUAUAAGAAAAGGUCUAUUAUUAAGGCAUCAGUUACAAGGUUUGAGAAUUUUUUGAAGGAAAUCGACAAGAUCCCCCAAAAAGAAUUUACGUAGCCGAUAGAUUCGAAAGAUUUAAAGUAUCUUUAGACGAUUUUGAAGCAAUUCAAUCGGAAAUUGAGGAAAAUUUAGAAGAUACGGAAAGAAAUCAAAUUGUUUUUGAUAAGGAUCGUAGAGAAUUUGAAAACAAAUUUUAUGAGUUACUAAAUGAUGCUAAAACCUUGAUGAACACGAACGAUGGUGUAUCAGAUAUUGAAUCUUUGAUAGUCGAUAGUUCUAGGCCGCGAUCAGGUAUAUCUCAUAAUCUAAGAUUACCAAAAAUUUCCUUACCAUCUUUUUCUGGUGAAGAAAAUUGUUGGUCAUCAUUUCACGACCGAUUUAAAUCACUAAUUCAUGAUGAUUCGAGUUUGUCUACAACAGAAAAAUUCUUCUGUUUGCAAUCAGCAGUAAAAGGUGAAGCUGCAAAAUUAAUAGGUGACUUAGAAAGUACUGAUUCAAAUUAUGAAAUAGCAUGGGAUAUGUUAAAAGACAGGUACGAGGAUACAACAUCUUUGAUUAAAAUCCAUUUAAAAAAUAUUUUUGAUUUGCCUAAAAUCAAUAAAGAAAAUUUUUCUGACUUAAGAAAUUUCUUAGACAUAUUCAAUUUAAAUUAUAGAGCAUUAAGGCAACUAAAAGAACCCGUAGAUGAGUGGGACAGAAUUUUAUUAUUUUUAUUAGAAGAGAAACUUGACAAAUAUACACGUAAGGAAUGGGAAACUAAAAUACAUAAAAUAAAAUCCCCGAAAAUUGAUUUAUUUGUUGACUUUUUAAAUGAAAGAUGCAGCAUAAAUAAAAAUAUAAAUAAUAAUACCAAUGUAAAACAGAAUAAAGUGUUAAGUCACGCUUCUUUACAGACUAAAGGUCAAUUUUGUAUAUAUUGCAAUAAAUCUGAUCAUUUAAUUUAUAAUUGUGAAAGUUUUUUGCGGUUAGAUGCAGUCUCUAGGCUAAAUUCAGUAAGGAAAUUAAAGGGUUGCGUAAAUUGUCUUCGAAAGGGCCACUUUGCUAAUGUUUGUAGAGGAUACAAUUGUAGCAUAUGUAACAAGAAACAUAACGUAUUAUUACAUAUAAAUGAAGCUAGUAAUGCAACUAAAUUUUUUAAUACUAAAGGAAAUUUGUCUAAUACAACAAAUAACGAAAAUGAACUUGAAAUUAAAUCUACAAUCGUCAAAAGUGGUGAAACUGCAUCCGAAAUUAAUAGUUUGAGUUCUACAAGUAUUUUUAAUAACUGUGUUAUUUUAUCCACUGCAUUGAUAGAUAUCUUCGAUGUUAAUAAUAAACCAGUGCGGUGCAGAGCUCUUUUGGAUUCCGGAAGCCAAAGUUCAUUUUGUACGACCGAGUUAGCACAUGCAUUGAAUUUACCAUAUAAAUCUGUUUCAAUUCCAGUAGUAGGUAUAAAUGCAACAAAUUCUACGAAUGUUUCUAAAAUUUUUCAGGCAAAAAUAAAAUCAAUUCAUACUGAAUUUGAAGCAAAUUUACCAUUUUUAGUCAUAGAUCAAAUUACAGGUAAGGUACCACAGUUUAAUAUAGAUCUUUCAAACAUUAAAAUUCCUAAAAAUUUAUUGCUGGCUGACAUUACUUUUGAUACAUCAGCUAAAAUUGACAUUUUGCUUGGUUGUAAUAUAUUUUACGAACUUUUAUUAAGCAAUCAAAUCAAGUUAGGGAAGAGGCUACCUAUUCUACAGGAAUCGCAUUUGGGGUGGAUCAUUUCAGGAAAUUUUACAGCCCCUUCAAUGGCUACAUUUUGUAAUCUUUCUAAAAUAGACGUUCAGGAACAAUUAGAGUCCUUUUGGAAAAUUGAGGAAGUUUCUAAUACGAAUCAAUCCGUUUACUCAGUAGAAGAAAAUAAUUGUGAGGAGCAUUUCGUAAAAAACUUUUAUAGAGAAGGUGAUGGCCGAUUUGUUGUUAAAUUACCUUUCAAAAAAAAACCUUUUUUUGGCCAAACUAAAGCGACUGAAGUCUGUAGAAAAAAGGGUGCUGAAUAAUAGUUACUUGAAUACGGAAUAUUCUAAAUUCAUGGAGGAUUAUUUCAAGUUGGGGCAUAUGUCUUUGGUAAACGAAUCUUUAGGGUCAGAAGUUAAAUUCAUUUUACCUCACCACUGUGUACUAAAAUCUAGUUCUUUGACUACUAAAGUACGGGUAGUUUUUGAUGGUUCCUGUAAAUCAACUAAUAAUAUCAGUCUGAUCGACAUUUUGAUGGUGGGUCCAAUCAUACAACCUGAUAUAUUUAAUACAUUGUUAAGAUUUAGAAAGCACCAAAUUGCCUUUACGGCAGAUAUAGAGAAGAUGUACCGACAAAUAAAGUUACAUCCCUCGGAUCGACAAUUUCAACAUAUAUUAUGGCGAGAAGAUAAGUCCAAAUCGGUUCAAGAAUAUGAACUUAAUACUGUAACUUACGCUUAGGUCCUAGUUCAUUUUUAGCCACCAGAUGCUUGAAGCAACUGGCUAUAGAAAAUUCAAAGGAUUUUCCCGAGGCAAGUCACGUUAUAGAAAACAAUUUCUACAUGGAUGAUUUAAUCUCAGGAACCGACAGCGUAGAAGACGCCAGUUAUUUAAUCAAACACUUGAUAAAUAUUCUUGGUUCUCCUUAGAGGACGUUUUUAGUUAUUCCGCUAACAAAUUAAGUAUAAAAACUUAUACCAAAAGAUCGAUUCUAUCUAUAAUAUCACAAGUUUUUGAUCCGUUGGGAUUAAUCGCCCCGGUGACAAUAACGGCAAAAAUUUUACUGCAAAAAUUGGGGUCACUCAAGGUAGAUUGGGACGAUGUUUUACCGGAUUACUAUGUUAAAUCGUUUUUAAAUUUUUAUGACAACAUAUGUGAAAUUAAUAAAUUAAAAAUAUCACGUUGUCUGAUAAUCAAUAAUGCCAUUGACUUAGAACUUCACAGUUUCACUGAUGCCUCCACAAGCGCUUAUGGAGCAGUAAUUUAUAUUUUAUCCCGAAAUAAUAUUGGCUAUAAGGUAAGUUUAGCUUGUGCAAAAUCCAAGGUAGCACCUUUGAAAACAAUUACCCUUCCCCGUCUGGAGCUUAUGGCAGCACUUUUAGGCGCACAAUUAGCUUCAAGGCUACUGGAAUCGUUGAAUUUAUCCUUUGAUAAAAUAAUGUUUUGGUGUGACUCCACAAUUACAUUGGCGUGAAUAAAAAGGGAACCUAGUACUCUUAAGACUUUUGUAGCUAACAGAAUAUCUCAAAUUCAAAGCUUAACGAUGGACAAUGAAUGGAGAUAUGUGCCUUCUUCGGAAAAUCCAGCCGAUUUCGUAUCAAGGGGAGUACAACCUUCAGAAAUUAGCUCAUAUAAAAUGUGGUGGAAUGGGCCCUCCUUUUUGCCGCAUUCUAGCCAAUGGCCUUUAGCUCCAAAUAAUGGUAUUACAAAUUUACCAGAAACAAAACUUUCUAUAAAUUUAUCCUUGGGAACACAGAUAUGCAAUGAUUUUGACAUAAUAUCUAAAUACUCUAAUUACAAAACUUUAUUGCAUGUGACUGCGUAUUUAUUUAGGUUUGCAUCGAAUUGCAAAAAGUCAGUAAAACUCAGAAAUUUAGGUGAACUAACUUUGGAAGAAAUUAAUAUCGCUAAAUGUACUUUGAUAAAAUCAGUACAGUACAAGAAUUUUAAACCAGAAAUAGACAAACUCAAAUCAGGAAAACAGAUUUCACAUAAAAGCAAAUUGCUUCAUCUUUCACCAUUCUUAGAUUCCGAAAACAUAUUGAGAGUUGGUGGCAGGCUGAACAAAUCUGAUCUAUUUUAUAACCAAAGGCAUCAAAUUAUCUUACCUUGUAAGGAUUAUUUCACAGAAUUAAUUGUUAAUCAUGAGCACAAAAGGCUUUUUCACGCUGGUACUCAAACAGUACUAGCUACCAUUCGAAAUGAGUUUUGGCCUCUUUCUGGUCGCCAAGCUAUCCGCAGAGUUUUACGAAAAUGUGUAAAAUGUUUUCGAGUACAGCCUACUGGACUAAUUCAAAAAAUGGGUGAACUACCUUCAUCAAGGGUUAACCCAUCAAAGCCAUUUCAUACGGUAGGUAUUGACUAUGCUGGCCCAUAUUUAAUAAAGGACAGCAAGCUGCGUAACAAGAAAUACAUUAAGUCUUAUAUAUGUUUGUUUAUAUGUUUUUCUUCCAAGGCCACUCACUUAGAACUAGUUAGUGAUCUUACCGCUGAUGGCUUCCUUAAUGCAUUCAAAAGAUUUAUUUCUCGUCGUGGUUUAUGUAGGCACAUUUAUUCAGAUAAUGCAAGUACCUUUGUAAAGGCUAAUAUCUAUUUAUUAAAGUAUUUUAAAUUAAGCCAAUCUCUAGUUGUUCAAGAGUUUAUAACCGAUAACUUGAUUACUUGGCAUUUCAAUCCUCCUUACUCUCCUCAUAUGGGAGGAUUGUGGGAACGUGCAGUUCGCUCUACUAAACACCAUUUGAAACGUGUACUUAACAACACUUACCUUACUUAUGAAGAAUUUUAUACUCUUCUAUCUCAAAUUGAGGGCAUCCUAAAUUCUCGUCCUCUCCUUCCUCUUACCGAAGAUCCUGAUGAUCUACAGCCUUUGACUCCAGCACACUUCUUAAUCGGUACUGCGAUUCAAACAAUUCCAGAGCCAGCUGUUCCUGCUGACCAUAAAAUUCAGUUAUCUCGAUACAAGCACAUUACUAUGAUGAUACAGCACUUUUGGACUAGGUGGUCCAAGGACUACUUGAACUUACUCCAGCAGCGACCCAAAUGGCGAGGUACUCAAAUUGACUCUAUCCAAGUGGGAUCUAUGGUGCUCUUAAAGGAAGAUGAUACCCCUCCAAUGAGUUGGAAAUUGGGACGCAUAGUAAAGACUCAUCCAGGCAGUGAUGGACUUGUUAGAGUAGUGACAGUAAAGACUUACAGUGGUAUCACUAAACGUGCCAUAAAUAAGAUAUGUGUUUUACCUAUAGACGAUUAAGGGUUAUUUGGUUGUACUUAUUUUUUACUUGUAUAUAAUUUUAUGCUAUGUUUAUUUCUUUAAUGUAUAUUUUUUUUCUUUUUGAAAGCUGGUACUUUCAAGGCCGGCGCUAUGUUUGAUUUUGUUUUAAUUUUAGUUUAAUUUUUAUUUAGAAAUUCAUUCUACUCUACGCCUCUGGCAGUCUCUCUUUCUUCGUUACUUGUCGUUUUUAUGUAGCGACACGAGAACGAGUAUGUGUAUUAUAUAGACCGAAGUAAGAACGUUUUUGGUUCUAAUAAAAGAAGCUUUGCUUCCAGAAAAUAAAUGGGACUUUGUUUCAUUUAAAAUAAAUAGAAAAUUUAAUUAUAAAAUAAAAUUAUACAGUCCACAUCAUUCAAUACAACAAUAACAUUAAUAUUCAUUCUACCUUAGAUAGGCCAAAGAGAGGGUUAAUUAACGGUCUUGGAUCAAUAGUAAAAACAAUUACAGGAAACUUGGACUCUGAAGAUGGAAAAAGAAUUAAUUCAAUUAUGGAACAUUUAAAACAAAACCAAGAAAACUUGCAAAAUCAAAUAAGAAUGCAAUAUUCUGUUAGUCACCAAAUAAUUGAUAAUUUUAAAAGACAAUUCAGGACAUUCAGUAUAAUGAAAAAAUAUAAAAAACGAAAAUAUUUGAGAUAAGAGAUAUUCUAGAUUUUCAAGCAAAUGCGGAAAAUAUUAAAUAUUUAAAAGAGUUAUUCAAUGAACUUCUUAUCACAUUCAAUGUAAAUGAAGACAUUUUAGAAACGGUUGAAAAUUCCUUGACCUUCUGUAAACUUACAACAUUACAUCCAAGUAUUAUAAAAUCUCACGAGUUAUUUGUAGAGUUGCAAAAAGUGCAUUAUUACUACCAAGCGGAAAUACCCUUUGAAUUAAAACAUAAAAAUAUUUUUGAAUUUGUAGCCGUCAUAGACGUAGUUUGUAAAGUAGAAAAUAAUCAAAUACAAUAUUAUCGAUACCCAUUAACUAUGAUAUUUUAUUUAAUCUUUUUUAUAUGUUACCUAUACCUACAGAAGUUGAAUCAGAAUACGUAACAAUACCUAA